AUGAAGAAUGGGGUCGCGAGCGAGAAGAUAAUCGAUGGCCUUUCCGAGAACGGGUUUGACAGAAGGAGCUGCUGCGACAGCACCGUGCCGCUCUACCGGGCGUACCAGCCGGCGAGGAUCGACCACUUCUACACGACCAGCGCGCAGGAGCGCGACAACGCGGCCUCCGCGCUCGGGUACUCGAACGAGGGCACCGCCGCCCAAGUCUUCCCCGCAGUGGCCUCCGGCGCGGUCCCGCUCUACCGGGCGUACCAGCCGUCGAAGGUCGACCACUUCUACACGACCAGCGCGCAGGAGCGCGACAACGCCGUGUCCGCGCUCGGGUACUCGAACGAGGGCGUCGCCGCGUACGUCUACCCGAGCGCGCAGUGCGGGAGCGUGCCGCUCUACCGGCUGUACCAGCCGUCGGAGGUCGACCACUUCUACACGACGAACGCGCAGGAGCGCGACAACGCGGUCGCGUCGUUGGGCUACUCGUACGAGGGGGUUGCCGGGUACGUGAACCCGGUGAAGGGCGCGUACUGCUGA